AUGUGCAGUGGGUCCUUUUUGAAUACAGGAAAGUAUGACCACUUCGUUUUCAUGGAUGAACGAGGAUUCAUAUACCACUUACACCUAAUUGCAAUAACGUUGUCAUAGAAAAAAACAAAAAGCAAAAAGCCAAAUAGGAAUUAAUAAGCCAUGUGAUUUACAUUUGCGUAUUUUAAUAAUUUAACGAUUAUUUAAGAAGCCAUUCACAAUAAUAUACACUUAAUGUCAGAUCCCGAGGGAAACAGUUAGUUUUGUUUUCCCUCAAGUUCUGAUGUUUCCCUCGACUUUGUCUCAGGAAACAUCAGGACUCGAUGGGAAACAAAACUAACUGGUUUUCCGAGGGACCUGACUUUAAGUCUUUUGUUAUAUUUCUAGACUUUCACGUCAACAGCAUGAAGUGUUUGGCCUUGUGAUAACUUCCCUCUAUCAGAUUAAAAUCCGGGCUGUAAGGUGGAAGGUAUCUGACCAAAGCUCUGGCACCAUAUACAACGCGGUGGUCUGGAAAACGUGAGGACCGAGAGGGGGGCUGGGGGCGAGCACCGCGUUCUAAUCGCGGGAAAUAUGUAGUUAAGAUCAACAACGCGAUCAUUUAGACUAAUAGUCAUCGUCUUGAAAACAGUAAAACGCUUUUCACCUUUCCCUACAAGAAUGACUCAAAACUCAUUUAAGACUUUACAGGAAGCUUUGCUCCUUAGUCUGGAAGAAAAGCUAAUAGAUGACGAAGAAUUUGCCGUGCUGUAUGAAGAAUUCACUCCACAAAACCUUCCGUUUCGCCACUGGGAUUACGAAAAAUCAAAACGAAAACAAAGACCCCGGAGAGUGUAAGGCAUACUUCAGAUUUGAAAAGAGUGACAUCUCAUUGCUGGUGGAUGUUUUACAGAUGCCUGACACCUUCUCAUGUCCGAAUGGUACCGUUUGUGAUUCAACAGAAGGACUUUGUGUUAUACUAUAG